GGAGCUGCGGCUCAAACGGCAACUUCCACUUCUGCCUGCGGACUGCUGCUGGCUGAAGCAGCCCUACCCCACCACCUCCAGGACAUAUCCUCCAGCUUCUGACUACAUCACCAGCAGCUUCAUCUCCUAACCUCGGAUCAGCUGUUUUCUAGUUCUUUCAUUUGUCACUUCAACAUCAACUUACAUACAUGUUAGUUCACCUCUGUCCUCCAGGUGGCAGCAUUGUGCCUAGUUUUCCAGGUUCCAUAAACAACAACAGAAGAGAUGAAGCCAUGAAAGUGAGCUGACUGAGAGAACAUCCUAAAUCCUCAGACCAUCAUGUUGACGCAAAUGUAACAACAUUUAGUCAGUGGAUGACUUCUCCAGAAAGCUAACAGACAGGAUGUUGCGGUGGCUGGUGUGUGGUCGGCUGGGACCAGUUUGGAUGUGGAAAGCACUUCUGCUGUUUCUGGCCAUUGCUUUUGCAGGUCAGCUGCUGGGAGUCAUCUUCAACAAAAGCAAUGUCCAGCCAGCCGCACGAUCCAUCUUUUCUUCUCCUGAUGCUCAGGGGCCGUCUCUGGGUUCCUGUCGGCCCCACACUCACAUCAUGUUCCUGAAGACCCACAAGACGGCCAGCAGCACGGUGCUCAACAUGCUGUACCGCUUCGGAGACGAGCACAGCCUCCGCUUCGCCUUGCCGCUGGGAUACCAGCUGGGCUACCCGCUGCCUUUCAACGCUCACAGGGUGAAAGGCUACCGAGGUCCCAGAGCCAUCGAGUUCCACAUCAUGGGGAAUCACAUGAGGUUUAAUAAGCUGGAGGUGGAGAAGGUGAUGCCUGCCGACACCUUUUACUUCUCCAUCAUCAGAGACCCGGUCGCUCUGGCUGAGUCUUCCUUUGCCUACUAUAAAGAAGUGGCCCCGGCCUUCCGGAAAGCCAAAGGAUUGGGGGAGUUUGCGGACGACCCUAAAAAAUUUUACGACCCUCGUCUACGGAACAACCACUAUGCCCGCAACCUGCUGUGGUUCGACUUUGGCCUCGACAACAACGCCAAUUUCUCUUUGGCGCUGGCUCGGCUCGGAGAGGACAUGAUCCGGCGGACCUUCAAGCUGAUUCUUGUCUCCGAGUACUUCGACCAGUCCAUGAUCCUACUGAGACACGCCCUCUGCUGGCCACUGGAUUCCGUUGUCUUCUUCAGCCUGAACGCUCGGCAGCAGAAGCCCAGCAGUGCCGGUGGGGUGGCUGGGACCUGGGUGGGCAAAGCAGCAGCAGCCGCUGGUGUUGGUAUUAGAGGCGGGCUUGUUCAAGCAAAGAUGGUACCGAACCUUUCCCUAACGCCGGAGCAACGGGAAAAGCUCAGACAGUGGAAUGCCUUUGAUUGGUACCUAUACAAAACCUUCAACAAAACCUUCUGGGAGGAAAUUGACAAGUUUGGUCAUGCUCAGAUGGAAAAAGAAGUUCGUCUGCUCAGGAUGCGUAGGGAAGACCUGGCCCGGGUGUGCCUCAGGGACGGGGGGAAGCCUGUGGAAGCUCAUCGGAUCCGGGACAAAAACAUUAGGCCGUUCCAAAGUGGAUUAGUUAAAAUUCUGGGUUAUGAGCUCCAGCCAGGGCUGGACAAUACCACUCGGAUGUCAUGCCUGAGGAUGAUCAGGCCUGAGAUCCAGUACAAGGAUGUGUUGGAUUCUAAGCAGUUUCCACAGUUCCAUGCCAUCCCAGCUCAGCAACAGAGCCAGAGGCUGCUGGUGGCCGUUGGUGGGACCUUUAUAAAACAAGAGCCACCCAGGAAAGGAAGAAAAGAGACGGGAGGAGAAGCUGGAGCUGGAGGAAGGACUUUGGACGAGGGAAUGAAAGACUGGGAAGGCAGCCGUUUAGUUAGGAACAACCAGACUUUGGUACGAGAGCAUGAAAAAGGAAGGCUUAGAUAGGAACCUGUCGUUUUCUGUCUCUGGAUGCUUGAAAUGACUUAGAAAUGGAUGAAUACUAGUUUUGUUUACCUGUGUGCAAACAAAAAGCUCUUCUAUUUUGACUUGUUUUUGUAAAUACUAUGAUAGCUGUAGUUAAUGUGGUCAUCAGAUGUUCUAAUAGCAGCAGUCACUAGGGCUGAGUGGUGUUUGCUUUUGAUCAAAUUUAGCCUUCCUGUUAUCAUAUCACUGUCUGCCAGGAAAGACUGUUGAGCAUUUUGAGAUGAUAUGAAUGAAUGAAUGAAUGACCAUUCAACAGCCCAUAUUGAUCUGCCAUUACCUCUAAAAACACAAUAAUUGAACAUAUGAAGAAAAGUGUUCAUAACACUGACUCCUAUAAUUACUAGUCAGCUCUGCUUCUGCUCGCUCCUCUAUGGUGUGUAUUAUUUUAUACACACCAUAGAGGUGUGUAUAAAAGUAGUGUAUUAUUUUAUAAUGAAAAUGCCUUGAGAUUGGUUUGGUUAGCUAGAACACAUGCUAACAGUUUGGUCAUGGAGUGAGUUGAAGAUUAUUUUAUCAUCACAGAUUUGUUCUAGUGUAGAGUAUAAUCUCUGCAGUUCAUCUCUUAAAGGGACAGUUUGGGGUUUAAAGCAGGGGUCCACUGAUUGGCCAGCCAACCGAUCUGAGCUCUACAAAGGUCUGGAAAUCAGCCACUGUCCUCUUUGCUCUGCUGUGAGAGACUGACUGAGGCCACGGCUGAACUUAGAGACUUAGUGGCUAUAUUUAGUGCCGUUUCAGAUACCUUUUAGCAGCUUUUUUUUUUUUUUACCGAACCGCGACUAAUGCAGUUCCUAUGUUAUCUGAGACUUUGGUGACAACUGACAGUGUCAGUUAUUAAAAAGAAACCAGCACUGUAAUCAGGUCAGGCUUUUUUAAUGGCUGGAAAACUGCAACUGUAAUUUACAGUAACUGGAUGGUCAGGCUAACAGCCAAUCAGAGGGGAGCAUAGACCAAUCAGAUUACUUCUUGCCAGACAUUUUAUAGUUGUUCAAGUAAAAGUGGUUUAAUUAGGAACAUGACUAUUUAAAUACCCAUUCAGUGGUAAAAGAAAAAAACACUUCAGAAGUUUAUAAAACUGUUUCCAUGAAGCACUCUAGCAUCAUGUUUGUUAUUCCUUUGAGCUGUAAGAGUUUUACUGAAUCUUAAUAAGUUUACAGAACCUUAUUCUAACAACAAAAGCAAAACUCCGAUUUUGAACUGAACUAGAGUUCCUUGGUGUUUAGUCCCUGCAACUCAGAUCUCCUGUAACCUUUCAGAGGUUGAGGUCUGUGGUUUAUGCAGAUGUUCCUAAACCUUUAAACAACACUUGUCUGAGAUGUUUUUACAUCAUUUAUAUUUAUCAUAAAUCAGUGAUAUUACUAAAUAUUUUUAAAAAUAUCCAUACAAGGGAACCCAGAACUGUAUCUGAACGAGAAAGGAAAGUGUUGUAAAAAUAAAAAAAAUACUACAUCGUGUUUAAAUCUCUGGCUUGAAUUUUGAGACUUUAGCUUAGUGGGACAGUCAAACCUGAGUGGAACGAUAAAUUGACUUCUGCAGGUAAUACGCUAAUCACUCAUGACUACUCCACAGAACCCUACUUUUAAGAUAUCCGAGCUGCCCUUUUUAACUAUAGAUGUCACGAAUGAUGAACUCUUCCUGUCCCACAGCAGGUAUGAUAUGAAGAAGCUUUGACUGCACAAUACAGUAUGUUUACCAGAGCACAGCCCACUUUAACUUCCAACCAACUGUUUAACUCCCAUCCAAAGUGGUGCUCUGGUCAUUUCUGAGUCGGUAUUCCUACAUCACCACCCAGCCCUAGCAGGAAUAUCAAAAAGCUGUGUGUUCUGUCUGUUUUCUUGUUUUUUACAUGAACUUUUAAAAUGUUGGUACUGCCUUUUAUUGUAUAAGAGAACUGGCGCUACAGCCUGUUUCCUGGUUGUAAGAGUUUUCAUAUUAAGCUUGAUGUAAUGUGCAAGACUUUAUAAAAUAUUCCCUCCCCUCUC